AAAGAACCCUAGGUAGUCAAAAUUAACCCGGAGUCCCCCACUACCGCGUUCCUCAAAAUCAGGUUGUGGUUUUGGCAAGCAAAACCCCAUAAUUUAAUAUCUUGUUAAUGAAACAAAUAAAUCAACGGAAAAAAGAUGUGCGCACUAGGCCUAUACACCUGCAGUGCAAUGGACAGGAAUUCAACCAACAGGAAUAAGAGCAGAAAUUGACUAAGUGUAACAAGAAUUUUGCCGUGUAAGCGGCAGCGAAAGAACGGGCCACAUUUUCCUCUGCACCGAGCAUUCCACAAAUGCGUCGCUCAACGGCCAUUCGUUGCGUACACUCGUGUAUGGCGGCUGGAUGCGCUGCAUGCUGGAUAUAUUCUACGUGUCUAGACUCCGAUAUUAACCCUGUACUUUCCUCGGGCAUCUCCCAAUCCGCCCAAGGAUGAUGCUCGCGCGUGCUGGCUUCUAGGUUGUUUUCUAUCCAAGAGGCGCGGGUGCCGCCUUUUUGCGCAAGAGGGACUCAGAGGGAAAGAAGGAAGAGAAAUGGCGCCUACUCAGAUGUCCCGGCCGCUAAUGGAUGGGACCUCCGGAGUGGCUGGUUCACUGCUACAUACCUCUACGUCAUGUUGUUCACCCAACACCUAUUUAUUGCCAUUAUCGUGGGCUUUGCCCUCUUCACCUGCCAACCGUCUGCUGCUGAAACAGAGGAGAGCUUACGGAAAACGAAGGAAAGCGAAAGCCGACCAGCUACGAGAGUAGAGCGCUCAGCAGUGCUCUGCAGCGACGACGACCCUCCGCCGGCCACUACUGAGCCGAGGAAGAACAGUGAGUCAAAGUCACGGGUCAAGCGCACGCGCAGAUUACCAUAUAGGUGGGCGCGACAAGCGCCGCCAGCCGUCGGGGUCGGAUGGACACAGUACCAGGGUCAAACGGACACCAUCCAACAGUCCUGGUACACGGACUCAUCGGGCCGGGUCAUUACUAGCGGUCAGACUGUAAAUGGUCAUCUCCCGCCGUCGGCCCCGGCGAUCGCAUGGGUCAACGGACCGAGUGGUCCCUUGCCUCCGGGUUCGGUGGUUCCCCCAGGUUUGCAGGACGCGUUAACGAAGCUAAUAGUUGGCGCCGUGCAGCCGGUGAACCCGGCUGGACCUGGACCCCAAGUAAUUCCGGCGUCACCGGUCGGAGGGGGAGGACCAGCGGGCCAACCAGCAGCACCCGCACAGCAGCCGUACGGAGUGGGUAGCGGUGCUCAGCCCGUUCCGGGAGUCGUUGGAAUCCCAGACACUGCGGCUACCUUACAGGACGAAGCCGAGCAGGAUAUUUAUAGGCCCGAGAAAUCACAGAAUCCGAGGCAAGACAUGCAGAACGGCAGGGCUGGCGUACAGCCGAAGCUGGUGCUCUCUUUCAAGAAGGCAGUGCCCCCGAAGGAGGAGGAAGAUGAGGAAGAUGAGAAAGAGGAAAGGUUACCCCGCAUGCCCCCUUGGCAAGGCGGAGGCUUCGUUCCGCCUGGCCAUGCCAAGAGAGGUGGUGGCAAAGGGAGGAAAGGCGGUGGCCGCGGUGGUGGCCGUGGUCGUGGCCCUGGUGGACGCGGUCCUCCCGGCCAACGUGAUUAUGACUACUACGACACCCAAGAAGGCCGCGGAGGUCGCGGUCCUCCCCGUGGUGAAGACUAUCCCAAUGGUCCGUACCCGGGACAUGGAGGCCACGGUCAUCCUCCGCCGCAUGGAGGCUACCCAGAAGAACCGCACCGUGAGCCGCGGCCACCACCACAUCAACCACAACAUAGGCCACCUCCCGAAGAAGGACCGCGACAACAGCACCCUCCGCCGACGCAGGACCAGUACCAGCCUCCGCCACCACGGGAGAGGCCGCCGGCACCUAGACCCACGCCGCCUCUUCCGUACGACCCCAACGAACCUGAAGAACAGCCUGAGGACGGCCCCGCAGCCGGGCAGCCGUCGCAGAGUCCAAACCUGCGAGACUUGCAGCCACUGUGCGGAGUCCGGAGUCUUGCGUUCGCCGAAGACAAGUCGAGCGACUACCAGACUGUGCCGUUCAUCGUGGGCGGCAACGUGACCUCCCACCGGAGCUGGCCAUGGAUGGCAAAACUUGAAGUGCUCAAUCCCGAUGAGAUAACAUACAAAUUCUUAUGUGGGGGCAGCCUCAUCAGUGCCCGCUACAUGAUCACUGCUGCACAUUGCUUCAGCCCCAUACCAGAGCGAGCACAGAACUACCGCGUGGUAUUCUUCUCGCCCCGGCCGGGCUUCACGCUGGAGCGUAUCGUGGAGAAGAUCAUCAUCCACGACAAGUACAACAGCUACUCGCACUACUAUGACAUCGCGGCGGUACGUUUCAACCGUGACCUGCUGCGACCUUUCAUGCCGAUCUGCCUGCCCACGCCGACUUUCACUGGCCGAGCCCUCACAGAUCAGGAGGCGUACGUCAUCGGAUGGGGGUCCACAAAAUUCGGUGGGCCCAGCAGCAAGGAGCUUCGCGAAGUGUCGCUGCCUAUCUGGUCGAACUCGGAGUGCAAGAAGGUCUACGACCCGCUCAACUCGCAGCACAUCGACCGGGGCAUCACGAAAGAGCAGCUCUGCGCGGGCCGCAAGGAGGGCGGCGUUGACGCGUGCCAGGGUGACUCCGGUGGGCCUCUCAUGGUGCUAGACAGCAACAAGAGGUGGACGCUGGUGGGCAUCGUCUCGUUCGGCCACUCGUGCGCAAGCCCAAACUUUCCGGGAGUGUACACGCGGACGGACUCUUACCUCGACUGGAUACGGCAGAACGUGAACUUCACGGCGUGACCCCACUGUCGCGCCCUUUUAGGAUCUUUGAAAUUCGUUUCUUCUUUUAAAGAAGGAUGCGCCCCAGUGGGUGCUCUCUUUUUUUUAUUGCUAAGAAAUCUGCGCUGGUCGCACAAACAAAUGUUAAAGAAUUUUAACGGGACCUACAUUAGCAUGAGCUUUUCUUUUGCGGGAAAACUGUGUUGCAGUUGCGCUCACUUUGUAAUACUAACAACAUUCUGGAAUAAGGAAAUGCUCAUUGCCGCUGACUUUUCUUCUGAUAGAACGUCGAUGGAGCGUUUUUAUUUUAUUUUUCGGUACUUUCUCAAGCGCAGAUUUCCUAGAAAGAGAUUUGCGAGUGCAAGAUCUCCGAGCCAGUGGCUUCCUGGAUUCAUGCGUGGACAUGAAUAGCCGCAGCGAUUCUACUCUAAAGCAUGGUUCACUCGGUGAAUCCUCGUCGACAAUGUGUGAUUAUCGCUGUAACUCCUAUCCACAGUACUUAGUUGGAAAAGGAUUUUUUUUAAGAAUAUGUGCACGUAGGUUUCCUAAAGAUGGGAAGUUUCAUGUUGUGCUUAGAGUUAAAACUUCUCAUUUGAAGAUUCACAAACUCGUGAGGAAAAGGUUGUGUCAUUGUCCUGAAACGAGGCGUGUUGUCUACACGCCAGGAAGCGGUAAAAUGGCAAUAAUUACAGCUGACCGGAGACUCACCAGACGCUGUAAGAAGCAAAAGUGUAAUAAAUCAAAAUCAGGAUAGCCAAGAUUACGGAAGAAGCCGACGUAUACGCCGAUACAUUGGGCAGGCAGUAUUGGAAUCAUGUAUGCACCAGAUUACAAGGCACUUAGACCAGCGAAAAGACGGGCUAUACUCCGAUCGCUGCUGGCUAAGACUGAAGCGAAGACGGUCACACGCCUGCACUGAAGACGACUCAUCCACAGCUUCCAAGGCAUGUAGGAGGAUAUCCUCAAGGCAGUCACAAGCAUGGUCCUGGGAGACGGCAAUCUAGGACAUGUCCACCCGGGAUUCCGAGAACACAAAGGCAACGUCAUCCAGAACUAGACCGGGCUUUUACAAGAGCAGAAGUGGUAGAGCCCCUAAGCAACCUGACCAGAAACACUACACCAGGCAAAGACAAAAUCAACUAUAAGGCACUACGCAACCUAGAAGCCACAGCGAUAAGCUCCUUCCUAGAAUUUAUCAAUGAUUGUUGGGAAGCGGACAAGAUGUCGGCUGAGUGGAAACACGCCGAUGUCACCAUGAUUCUUAAGCCUGGAAAUCCGUUAGCCAUAUAGAAAUUGAGGUCGAUUUGGCAGUCUUCGUGCGCGGGAAGAUUAUAUGAACAUAUGAUGCUCAACAGGCUUUCGCUGUGCCUGGAAGACAAUGGGCACUUCCCACACACGAUGUUUCGCUUUAGACAGCGCAUAUCAACACAAGAUAUCAUCCGUCACAUCGAGGAGGAGGUAAUAGAUAAGUUAAGCACAAGCAACAACAGAGCCAUCGUAACGGUAAACAUAAAGGGGGCUUCUGACAAUGUCUCACAUAAAGCGAGAUUUGUGCAUGCCAGCAGCUUCAACUACGGGGAGAGGGUUUGCUGUUAUGUAGAGGACUUACUAUCCGAGUGUAUUGCAACGGUGGGUAUAGGAAAUCUGAGAUGCGACAAAAAUCAAGGUCCCGGCCAAACGCAUUUCCCUUCUGCUCUCCAACCUGGUGUUGAGCACCCUACCGAACGUUCUUGGUGAAGUGGAGUAAAUUGAACACGCCCUGCAUGCGGAUGACUUACCCAUAUGGAGGCUUAGGAGAUCGACUAGAAGACAGCAAGAAGCAAGAAAAAGACAGAAGUCAAUAGAGAGGAGUGAGAGGUACCUGGGUGCUUGUGGACUAUCAUGUGCCCCUGAGAAAUCGGAGCUCCUUAUUCUGAAAAUGAGAACAAGAGGGCGCCCCCGCAACAAACUCCAGAUCUUGAUGUAACGCUGAAUGAAAUCUACAUCCGAAAGGUUAUACACUUCGUAUCCUUGGAAUGGUCUUCCAGGAGUAUGGAGCGAGGCAUGCCACAGUACUGCGACUUCAAGAAACGAUCACAAUUAGAAGACAAAUAGGAUUAAAUGGAGAUGACACCCCAAAACUCAUACAGUCAUUGGUCAUCCGCAGAAUCAUCUACGGUACAACGUACGCAGAUAUGAAGAAUAGUGAAAAAGACAAAUUAAAUAUAUUGACAAGAAGGACAUACAACUUGGCAAUAGGACUACCACCCACCAUGUCAACAGGAAAACUGCUGAAACUAGGAGUACAGAGAGCCCGGGAAUAAUUGACGGAGGCUCACAAGACGAACGAAAUCGAAAGAGUAAAACUUACCACUGCCGGCAGCAUCUCGAAGAAGAAUACAACCAUUCACAGCGUGUACUCCCGACCCUGUCAGCAAGGAUACACGUAGCACCCAUACCAAUAAAAAUGCACUCAGAAUACAACAAAGAGAGAAGAGAGCCGCGGCAUUACAAAAAAAAAAUACUAAAUGAAGAAAGCAACAAGGCAGAAAUAAGGCACACAGAUGAUGCAAGAUACAAGGCAGGGAGAUAUGUAACCUGCGUAACACGCAGAACGAAGAGACAGCAGCUGCAUCAUUAGUUGCUAGAAACAUUGAUGCAGCCGAACAGGUCGCCACAGCAAUGGCCACAAGGACCUGCCAUGGUACAUGUCGGUCAUCGUCGUCACAAACUCGCAGGCAGGCUGUCGCCAUUUUCGGACAGGAAGAAUCAGCAAGACCGCACUCAACAUCCUCAACAACAAAUAUUCCUCAAACGUACAUUGGCUGAACCUCGAGACACGAAUCCUUGGAGGCAAACCAAGCGGCCUACGCCGCCACCCAAGAACAUGUACGCCGGACAACCCCACCAGGACAUCGUCUGCCGCCACACGAAGGCGAAAUGACGCAAAGCAAAUACUAAAACAUUCUAGAACAUUGCAAGAAGAACAGCCGAGAAUAUCUGCCACCACACUGCAAGUUUAACAGAGAAGAAGCCAUCAUACUACGCCGACUUCAGAUGGGCAAUUACUUCCACGGCACGAUACUGUAUACACGCGACGUACCGCUCAACAUGUGUACCAGAGACUGCCGAUUCUGCAAUACGCCAAACACCCUUAACCCCACAGUUUGGGAAUGCAAAAAGAACCCGCGGAGAACGUCCAUCCGAGCACCCACAAAAGACCAGGGGAGGCCGAGCUGACAAGUCCAAGAUCUGAGGACCAGCUACGGCUGGUGAACAGGUUUAGGUUGUCAGCACAGGGCCACGGCUACCUGAAAUAGGGUAGCCGCCCACCUUUGGGCAUUAACAGCUUGGUCUCCGUAAUAAAGUUUAUUUACUCAACUAUUUGUUUUUAAUAGAUUAAGCGAGUACUGAAUUCUGAAUGCCUUAUUGUAUUGUAUAUAGCCACAGCAGAGCUUCAUGAAAAGGAUUCUAUUCAGAUGUAGUUCUACUUUUGCGAUAAUGACCACUUACAGCUUACUGUACAUACUGCUCAAGUCAUACAGGGAUACUAACUAGUAGAAGAAUGCAAACGACUUCAAUUUUCGCCGUCUUGUUUUCCAAAUAUUUCUUUUAUCAAGACUUAGGGAAGCAGCAUUGAGGCUCUUCACCUCUUACCAUCUUCAUUUCGCGAUUGGGCUCUCUGGCUGCUUUCUCUAAUCUACUGUAUCAUAACAGUAACGCACAUACGUUGGUGCUUAAUGUUUGACUGCCUUUUGUUUUACCAUUUUCGUCGAUAGUGUUGUGGUCUGUUCGAGUGCUUUUGUGCUGUGAUCCACCGCUAUUAUGUGUGUUCGUGUAAAUGGUAUAUUAGAGUGUUUGCGUAUCUUAUUUAAUAUUACCAUUUGUUACGCUUUACGUGUUUUGUGCUGCAUACUCCAGCUGAUGUAUAAGUGAACGAAAAUGUGAACACGUAUGUAUUGCGCGAAUGUUAAUUGUUCGGCUUCCGCUCAUGAACACCCUCACAACUACUAGUUGGCCGAAACCAUGAAGCGUCAGGUGUGUCGAAGAACAGGUGGUAGCAUUGAGUAUCUUAAAACAACAGGGGCCGAAUCCACGAAGCUUUUCUUUAGUAAGAGCUCCUAAGCGCCCUUCACUAAUUAUAGGUCCAGCAUCACGAUUAGCUGGAAUUUUCUUUUACGAACAAAUAUAACGUAAUAGCUUUUUGAGAAAAUGGACCCAGCUUCUUUCUGAAAUCAUUUGUUGGUUUCUCUCCUCAAAAUUUGAUGUCCAGCCAUUACGUUUGCCGACGACGAAAGACGCCACGAUGUUUACGAGAUGACAGCGUUACUGAAACACUCUCUAUGCAAUUCAUGAAAAAGAUGUCGUGCAAUUGACUGAGAAUCCUUCGUGCGCGCUUCGUCACGAUGGUUACGCGGAUAUUCACUGUAUUUUACGCCUAUGAGGAAUAAACGUUUCACCAAGUGC